AUGAACGAUUUCUCAACGAACCAGGCCUCAGGUCUUCGUUGCUUGGGGAACGACAUCCUACUUCAAAUAUUCGAAGAACUUCGGUCGCCGCUCAAAGGUCUCUUCCCGCUCUCGGAGGCAUGCGGGCAGCUUCGUGAGCUCUGCUUGCCCGUGCUCUUUCGAGCUGUGAAGGUCAAGUCCAGGAAUAUUUUGCUUCACAAGGAUGCUUUCGUUCCGGACUACAUAUGGCCUCAUGUGCAAACACUCUACCUCGACGGAAUAUUCUGUCGCUACGAGCUCCCGAGAGGCUACUACGGCCGCGCAAAUGGAAUAGGGUGGGAUUUGUGCAGUAAGGACGAUGAAGACGGAUGGGAAGCCGCCGCCAUACAUGAAGGGAGGGUGGCAGACUUCUUGCGAAACACUCUUCGGUUGAUGCCUCGAAUGCGCACCGUGGUGGUCAAUAUCCCCAACAUAUGGCCUUGCGACAUCGAUGACGCGUUCAGGACUGCCGUUCCUCUUCCAGCGAUCAUCGCUCUCUUGAGCAUUCCGCAUCUUCCUCAUCUCGAAGUAAUCGGUACGCUCUAUCACAUGUACGACAAAGCGCCACGAUUGCUGGACAUUCCUUCCAUCACCCUCACCACGUUCAAGUACAAGCCACUCGUCACGAGAUUUCAACCCCGUUCGUACGCUUCUGAAGCCGAAUUGCUCAAGCUUCUCCUCCCGGCUCUCAGCCCGACCAUCUGCACGCUACAUGUUCCGAUGGAAAACCUGCCGCUCUCCGAACUACCUCACCACGACUGGCCUCGACUGCGAGAGCUUGUCAUCGAAGGGGAAUAUUCUGGAAAUCGCCUCCCACCGCCUUUCAUCCCUCUCCUCGCUCGGAUGCCCGCACUACGUCGCCUCCACCUCUGUAUCGCCCAUCAGAGCUUCUGGUUCCCCAGCGAUCUGGAGAUCAUCUGGCCCGUGGAAACGUCGAUUGAUAUGCCGUGGCCGGAGCUUGAAGACUUGCUGGUUGCGCAUCCCAACCCUGACGACAAGCUGUGGGAUCACCUCCCAUCGACGUUGCACACUCUCCGCCUCCAGUGUUGGCCACAUCACUUCGAGAUCACCACCCUCGAUCCACCGAUCAUCUAUCGCGAGGGGAUGCCACGGCUGGGUGGAGGAGAAAUGUCGCGAAGCGACGAGGUUGAUUGGAAAUCGCCGGUCCUGGGGGCCGCAGACAUACGGCGGAUCAUGCGCGCUUGCAGCUCAAGGGCACGGGAUCUCCGAAAGCUCGAGAUGGAGUACAACAUCCAAGAGGACGAAAACUCGCUGCUUAGAGAGAUCGCAGAAAGUUUGCCCCGCCUCCACAGCCUCACGCUUUUCCGAUACGAUCCUGAGGUGGACCAAGUCAUCGUGGGCGUGCCUGUUCCGUUGGUUUGCUAA